ACCUCUUUGAUUUUUGCAGAAAAUGAUUUGUGGAAAUGAUUUUGUGGAAAAAUGAGCCAGAAAAAUCUUAUGAUGAACCAAGAUCCCACAUGAAUGGAGCAAUUUUUUUUUUCGAGACAAGCUCUUGCUCUGUCCCCCAGGCUGGAAUGCAGUGGUGCAAUCAUAGCUCACUGUUACCUCGAUUUCCCUGGCUCAAGCGAUCCUCCUGCCUCAGCCUUCCAAGUAGCUAGGACUACAGAUGUAGAUGAGUGUGCCCAAGGGCUAGAUGACUGCCAUGCCGACGCCCUGUGUCAGAACACACCCACCUCCUACAAGUGCUCCUGCAAGCCUGGCUACCAAGGGGAAGGCAGGCAGUGUGAGGACAUCGAUGAAUGUGGAAAUGAGCUCAAUGGAGGCUGUGUCCAUGACUGUUUGAAUAUUCCAGGCAAUUAUCGUUGCACUUGUUUUGAUGGCUUCAUGUUGGCUCAUGACGGUCAUAAUUGUCUUGAUGUGGACGAGUGCCUGGAGAACAAUGGUGGCUGCCAGCACACCUGUGUCAACGUCAUGGGGAGCUAUGAGUGCUGCUGCAAGGAGGGGUUUUUCCUGAGUGACAAUCAGCACACCUGCAUUCACCGCUCGGAAGAGGGCCUGAGCUGCAUGAAUAAGGAUCACGGCUGUAGUCACAUCUGCAAGGAGGCCCCAAGGGGCAGCGUCGCCUGUGAGUGCAGGCCUGGUUUUGAGCUGGCCAAGAACCAGAGAGACUGCAUCUUGACCUGUAACCAUGGGAACGGUGGGUGCCAGCACUCCUGUGACGAUACAGCCGAUGGCCCAGAGUGCAGCUGCCAUCCACAGUACAAGAUGCACACAGAUGGGAGGAGCUGCCUUGAGCGAGAGGACACUGUCCUGGAGGUGACAGAGAGCAACACCACAUCAGUGGUGGAUGGGGAUAAACGGGUGAAACGGCGGCUGCUCAUGGAAACGUGUGCUGUCAACAAUGGAGGCUGUGACCGCACCUGUAAGGAUACUUCGACAGGUGUCCACUGCAGUUGUCCUGUUGGAUUCACUCUCCAGUUGGAUGGGAAGACGUGUAAAGAUAUUGAUGAGUGCCAGACCCGCAAUGGAGGUUGUGAUCAUUUCUGCAAAAACACCGUGGGCAGUUUUGACUGCAGCUGCAAGAAAGGAUUUAAAUUAUUAACAGAUGAGAAGUCUUGCCAAGAUGUGGAUGAGUGCUCUUUGGAUAGGACCUGUGACCACAGCUGCAUCAACCACCCUGGCACAUUUGCUUGUGCUUGCAACCGAGGGUACACCCUGUAUGGCUUCACCCACUGUGGAGACACCAAUGAGUGCAGCAUCAACAACGGAGGCUGUCAGCAGGUCUGUGUGAACACAGUGGGCAGCUAUGAAUGCCAGUGCCACCCUGGGUACAAGCUCCACUGGAAUAAAAAAGACUGUGUGGAAGUGAAGGGGCUCCUGCCCACAAGUGUGUCACCCCGUGUGUCCCUGCACUGCGGUAAGAGUGGUGGAGGAGACAGGUGCUUCCUCAGAUGUCACUCUGGCAUUCACCUCUCUUCAGGACUGCAAGGGGCCUACUCUGUCACCUGCGGCUCUUCCUCUCCUCUCAGGAACAAACAACAAAAAUCAAAUGACUCUGCUUUUGGGGAUGUCACCACCAUCAGGACAAGUGUAACCUUUAAGCUAAAUGAAGGCAAGUGUAGUUUGAAAAAUGCUGAGCUGUUUCCCGAGGGUCUGCGACCAGCACUACCAGAGAAGCACAGCUCAGUAAAAGAGAGCUUCCGCUACGUAAACCUUACAUGCAGCUCUGGCAAGCAAGUCCCAGGAGCCCCUGGCCGACCAAGCACCCCUAAGGAAAUGUUUAUCACUGUUGAGUUUGAGCUUGAAACUAACCAAAAGGAGGUGACAGCUUCUUGUGACCUGAGCUGCAUCGUAAAGCGAACCGAGAAGCGGCUCCGUAAAGCCAUCCGCACGCUCAGAAAGGCCGUCCACAGGGAGCAGUUUCACCUCCAGCUCUCAGGCAUGAACCUCGACGUGGCUAAAAAGCCUCCCAGAACAUCUGAACGCCAGGCAGAGUCCUGUGGAGUGGGCCAGGGUCAUGCAGAAAACCAAUGUGUCAGUUGCAGGGCUGGGACCUAUUAUGAUGGAGCACAAGAAUGCUGCAUUUUAUGUCCAAAUGGAACCUUCCAAAAUGAGGAAGGACAAAUUACUUGUGAACCAUGCCCAAGACCAGGAAAUUCUGGGGCCCUGAAGACCCCAGAAGCUUGGAAUAUGUCUGAAUGUGGAGGUCUGUGUCAACCUGGUGAAUAUUCUGCAGAUGGCUUUGCACCUUGCCAGCUCUGUGCCCUGGGCACGUUCCAGCCUGAAGCUGGUCGAACUUCCUGCUUCCCCUGUGGAGGAGGCCUUGCCACCAAACAUCAGGGAGCUACUUCCUUUCAGGACUGUGAAACCAGAGUUCAAUGUUCACCUGGACAUUUCUACAACACCACCACUCACCGAUGUAUUCGUUGCCCAGUGGGAACAUACCAGCCUGAAUUUGGAAAAAAUAAUUGUGUUUCUUGCCCAGGAAAUACUACGACUGACUUUGAUGGCUCCACAAACAUAACCCAGUGUAAAAACAGAAGAUGUGGAGGGGAGCUGGGAGAUUUCACUGGGUACAUUGAAUCCCCAAACUACCCAGGCAAUUACCCAGCCAACACCGAGUGUACGUGGACCAUCAACCCACCCCCGAAGCGCCGCAUCCUGAUCGUGGUCCCUGAGAUCUUCCUGCCCAUAGAGGACGACUGUGGAGACUAUCUGGUGAUGCGGAAAACCUCUUCAUCCAAUUCUGUGACAACAUAUGAAACCUGCCAGACCUACGAACGCCCCAUCGCCUUCACCUCCAGGUCAAAGAAGCUGUGGAUUCAGUUUAAGUCCAAUGAAGGGAACAGCGCUAGAGGGUUCCAGGUCCCAUACGUGACAUAUGAUGAGGACUACCAGGAACUCAUUGAAGACAUAGUUCGAGAUGGCAGGCUCUAUGCAUCUGAGAACCAUCAGGAAAUACUUAAGGAUAAGAAACUUAUCAAGGCUCUGUUUGAUGUCCUGGCCCAUCCCCAGAACUAUUUCAAGUACACAGCCCAGGAGUCCCGAGAGAUGUUUCCAAGAUCGUUCAUCCGAUUGCUACGUUCCAAAGUGUCCAGGUUUUUGAGACCUUACAAAUGACUCGGCCCACGUGCCACUCAAUACAAAUGUUCUGCUAUAGGGUUGGUGGGACAGAGCUGUCUUCCUUCUGCAUGUCAGCACAGUCGGAUAUUGCUGCCUCCAGUAUCAGUGACUCAUUAGAGUUCAAUUUUUAUAGAUAAUACAGAUAUUUUGGUAAACUGAA